AUGGUAAAGCUAAUCGUACUUUUUGUUUUCGUCAUUUAUUGUGGUGCAAUGAUGCGGGCUCCCGGAGGAGGAGCUGGGCCCGGAGCAGGAGCUGUGCCCGGAGGAGCUGUGGCAAUUGUUGUGCAUGGUGAAGCUGGCAAACUGUGGGAUGAUAACCAAUUAAUAGAGAUAAUGCAAUUAAAAUCAACAUUGGCAAAUUAUAGCACAAUUGAGGAUGGAAGCCUGCCUGUUUUGGAGGAGAAUCCGAUGCUUUCCGUGAAAAACCUUGAAUUGAUAAAGUGA